UAGGUUUAGACAUUCGUGUUUAUUGAGGUUAGGGUUAGGGUUAGGAGGAAAGCUUUUAGGGUUACAAUUAAGCUUUUGGGGUUCGGGUUAGGGUUAGGGUUAGGGUUAGUUUAUGGUCAGGGUUUAAAUAUUUUUCAGUUAAUUAUUUAUUUUAUGGGAAUACGUUUUGGGGAACAUCUACAUGAAAAGGUGAAAUGUGAAACCUUGUGGUUGGACAGACAGGUUGUGAUUGGUUGGGAAGGAGACCAGUAGGAUUCCGACACACACACCUGUUGGAGGAAUGUCAUUUAUCAGGUGUGUGUCAGUCAGACAGGGCAGUUUGUGAGAGAGCAGGUGAAUGAGUCAUUGUGUUAGAGUGAACAGAAUGGUAAUUGCUGGUUAGUCUUCAGCUUCAUUAGUUUGAAUAGGUUUGAAUGGUUACAGUCUGAUUCUUCAUUAUUUUGAAUAGGUUUAGCAGGUUCAAGUCUUCAUCUUCUGUAGUUUGAAAAGGUUUAGCAGAUUAGAGUCUUCAUCCUCUUUAGUUUGAAAAGGUUUAGUAGGUUAAAGUCUUCAGUGACAUCAUCAUGCGAUUCUACAUAGUUCCACUAGUAGCGAUUCUAGUUCUUUGUGUGCCGUGUAACCGAGCAGAGGAUAGCGCUGGCCCAGAACAGACUGACAAUGUAGUGCAGGAGAACAGCCCAGAACAGACUGACAAUGUAGUGCAGGAGAACGGCCCAGAAAACAGCAACCAUGCAGCCGAAGGAGUGGAGGACCCUGAGAAAAAAGACAAGACAUCAGAUAUAGAGGAGGAAAAGGACGUGAUGGUUCUACACAUUAAAAACUUCCACAGAGCUCUCAGUGAAAACAAAUUCCUGCUGGUUGAGUUCUAUGCUCCGUGGUGUGGUCACUGUCAGCAGUUGGAGCCAGUGUAUGCAGAGGCAGCUGGGCUGUUGAAAACAGAGAGGACGGUGGGAGAGGGAGGCAGCGUGGGAGUCAGUCUGGCAAAAGUGGACGCCACCGAGGAGAAAGAGCUGGCAGAGGAGUUUGAUGUGGGGAGUUUCCCAACAAUCAAACUGUUUAUGAAUGGAGACAGAAAGAACCCCAUUGACUUUACUGGUAAGAGGACAGUAAAGGGUAUUGUCCAGUGGCUGGAGCGGCGUUCUGGUCCGAGUGCUGUGGUGUUGGAUUCUCCUGCUGCUGCUGCAGAACACAUCCGUCUUCACAACAUCACUGUGGUGGGAUUCUUCACUAGUUUAGAGAGUGAGGCGGUCAAGGUGUUCCAUAAUGUUGCCAUGGAGAUGGUUGACACAGUGUUUGGUGUGACAACAAGUCCAGAGGUUUUCCAGAAAUAUGAAGUGAAGAACAACAGAGUUGUGCUGUUCAAGAAGUUCGAUGAGGGCAGGGCGGACCUGCCAGUGUCUGAAGAGGGGAAGCUGGAUCAGGAUGAUCUGACUGUCUUCAUCAAGAACAACAGUCUGGAACUUCUGAUAGAGUUCAAUGAAGAGAAUGCAGAUAAGAUCUUUGGGUCAAAGGUCCACACUCAUAUGCUCCUCUUUAUCAACUCUACAAUGGAGGAGCAGAAUAUCCUUUUGACUGAAUUCAGCGCCGUCGCAAAAGACUUCAAGGGCCAAGUAUUGUUUAUAACUAUAGAUGUGAUGGGACAAGUUGAUCAUGUUCUGAAGUACUUUGGACUGUCAGUGAGUGAUGUCCCUGCUGUACGCAUCAUCAACACUGACACCGUCAAGAAAUUCAAUCUGAUUGGCCAAAUAACAGCUGCCACACUCCAAACAUUCUGUCAGGGAGUUCUGGAUGGAACUGUGAAGCCCCACCUGCUCAGCGAGGAUGUACCAGAGGACUGGGACAAAGGAGUUGUUAAGGUUCUGGUGGGAAAAAACUUUGAGGCUGUCGUUCGGGACAAGAACAAGAAUGUCUUUGUCGAGUUCUAUGCUCCGUGGUGUGGUCAUUGUAAAGAGUUGGCUCCUGUCUGGGAGAAGCUGGGAGAGAAGUAUGCUGAUCACAAUGACAUCAUCAUCGCCAAGAUGGAUGCAACAGCUAACGAGGUGGAAGGAGUCUCCGUGUCCGGCUUUCCAACACUAAUGUACUACCCUGCUGGAGAUGACAAGGAAGUAGAGUAUGGUGGAACCCGGGACUUGGAGACGUUUAUUAAGUUCCUGGACAACGGAGGACAGCUUCCUCAAGAGGAGGUGGAACAGGAAGAGGAUAUAGAGGAGAUCACUGAUGAAGGAUCGCCACCAGAAGCCAAUGAGACAUCUAAAGAUGAGCUGUGAUGUCAGAGGACCUGACCACUGGGUUCUAGGGUUUCUGACAUUUUAAGAAUAAAACUUUUCAUUUUGAA